CAAAAUUGAAAUUUAUUCAUUUCUUUAUUAAUAAAAUACAAAAUAAAAAAAUCCCCAAUCUGCGGAUUUCGUGUAUAUAUACACCCCACCAUUGAACCCUUUAUUACAACCACAAUACCCUAACCCUCAAUCGCGCCGCGCCGGAAACCUAACCCUCAAUCGCGCCGCGCCGGAAACCUAACCUUCAACCGCCUUGCAAAUAUCUAUCACAAAUGGAGAAUUGCAAAUUACCCAGGGAUGUGCUGAUAGAGAUUUUAUCCCGAAUACCGAUUUUAAUGAGAUAUAUAAUUUGGUUUACAAAGAAUCUGCCACUGAUGAGAUCGGAAGUAUAAAGCUAGACAUACCAAAUUCAACAACAUCGUACAUCAUAUGUUGUGAUGGCAUGUUAUGUUUGAUUCUUGGCAGAGGUGAUUUCACUCUCCAAUAUAGUGAUGCUACAGACUUGAUUUUUGAUUUUCUGAUAUGGAAUCCAUUCACUCGAGAAACUAAGAAUUUACCCUCUGUUAAGGUACCUGCCAUAAAAAAACCUGUUAGAUAUGGUAUAUUUGGAGGGUUUGGAUUUGGGUUUUCUAAAAACAUGUCUGUGAAGAUUGUGUUGCUUUGGCAUUUUGAAUAUAACUUUAUUGAAAUCCAGGAUAGCUAUGAAAUUGUAAUGGUCUGUAGUCAGAUUGGUGAUUCGUGGGGUUGGAGACAAAUUGAUGAGGUCCCGGGUGCUGCCGUGCAGUCUGAUCAGAGUUUUUAUUUGAAAGGGAGGUAUUACUGGCGGUGGUUUGGUGACCUGAAAAUUGGCCGUUUGGUUUGGUUUGACUUUAGUGAUGAAAAUUUUGGGAUAAUUGAGUUCCCUACUCGUUGCUUUGUUGCUUCGGUUACCAUCAUGAAUGACAACAUCGCUUUACUUAGUUGUGAGGGUCCAACGGUUGGGGGUUUAAGUUGGGAGGGUCCAAAGGAUUGCAUCGAGAUUUGGUUAAUGAGUGAGAAUGAAAAUGAUAGUAAUAUUUAUUGGCAUAAGCAUGCAAGCAUAAACUGCACUACAAGUAUUGAGUAUCGUAAGAAUUGGAGUCCGGAAGGAAACUUUUCUAGGGAUAAAGAAUGUUGGAGUCCAAUAGGGAUUUGGAAGUUGGGAGGUCGUGAUCAUUUGCUCGUCUGUCCGGAAUACAACGGUUAUAGGAGUAAAGAAGACGAAAAUGAAGGUCGUUACACAUUGUAUGUAAUUUCUAUUGAUCUUGUAACCCAAGAAUGGAAGUCUCUUUAUUUAGGUGGAGAUGGGAGGACUAUUAAUAUUCUUUCAAACUCAGAUGGGUUUGUUAAAGUUUGCAGUGAGACUCAGACGAACUACAUUACUUUUAGAAAGCAUUAUUUUCAUUUGGAUUACCUUGGCCCGUAUGUGUCUGUAUCAGGUUCUGCUCGAGUUCUUAGUGAGAGUUUAAAAUUACUUUAAUAAAAAAUAUAUAUAUACUCUGUAGUUUGUACCUUGUUACUUGACUAUGCAAGGAUCUAUAUACUGCUUUCUCUUUCUA